AUGGUCCAAAUCACGUCAUUUCUCACUCUCGCUGUUGGUCUUGUUGGAACAACACUGGCUUCGUCCUCGAACACAGGGCUGUUGCAGAUGUUGACAUACGUUAAGCGUCAUCCCAACAUGACCCGUGCUGAGUUUUGGGAGUACUGGGAUACUCAACAUGCACCCAAGGUUAUUCCUCUUGCAACCAACUUUGGGAUAUCCCGCUACCAACAGAUCCGAGUUGGUGGAAAGAUUGUCCCCACCGACGCCGGCGCCUCAGCACCGACUUCAAACAAACUUGUCGAAUUUGAUGGGAUUGCCAUGUUCCUCUAUGAGUCAGCUGACGAUCUAACUGCCAUGUUGGCGCACCCUUACUACAUCGACAUUGUUGAACCUGACGAGCACGUCUUCAUCGAUAAGUCUGCUUAUGGUAAUGGAAUGGUCGCUACGUACAUCGGAGAACAUAUUGAGGUGGUGGACGACGAGCGAAGUGUUUGGGUGGGUGACAAGAAAACUCGCAACAAGUAUCAGAAGCUUUUCAAAUCGUACCGAUAA